AUGGCGGCAACAAAAAAACUAACCUGUAAAAAAAAUAACAGGUUAGCGGGUAUUGACAGAAUUAUUCGUGAAGCCACUCCACUGUAUUAUGCAGCCCAAAAUAAUGAUGUGGAAAAGGCUGAGUAUUUAAUUGCUCAAGGAGCCGAAGUCAAUAUUUUUUUGAAAAAAAAAUUAUCACCAUUUCAUCGAUGCACACCUCUACACGUUGCGAUUAAUCACGCAAAUUUGGAAGUGACUCAGUUACUUAUAAAAAAAAAAGCCAACGUCCAAAUUUUCACAACACAGAAUAAAAAACCACUCGAUCUGGCGAUCCAACUAGGGAACAAAGAAAUAUUUAAAUUAUUGGUUGACUCCGGAGCUACUGUGGAAAUUUCUUACAAAGAUAUGAGUCGAUUACAUUGGGCAGCAUAUCACAAUUCAUUGGAUAUCGCUGAGUAUUUAUGUUCCAUAGGAGAUGAUAUUAAUUUUAAUUGUCUCCGCAGAUUGUCAGACUUUUAUCAGUAUACUCCAUUACAUAUUGCAAUUCAGCAAGGAAGUUUCGAAGUUGCUCAAUUCCUACUUAGUAAACGUGCCGAUUUACUCUUAAAUGCUGGAGCUAAAAUACACGAUUGUUCGGAUAAAGAUAAAGAUAUACCUCCACAUAAAGAUCCACUUUUACAUCAUGCUGUUGCUGUAAAAAGUCAUUGCGUUACAAAAUUUUUGCUCAAACGUGGAUUUAAUGUUGAUGGAAUAUGUGAUUGUCCAGUGUCUAAAUAUUUAGAUUGCACGCCGCUGCAACUUGCAGUCAGCACAGAACAUUUAAUAAUCGUAAAUUUAUUACUGAAAUAUAAAGCAAUUGUUAAUAAAAACACUAAAAAAUUAGGAUCAGUCACUGGAAUAGCUGUGGAUCGGAGUAAUUAUAAUUUGUACAAGUUGGUAUAUAAUGCUGGUGUAAAUCUUGAUGAUCCCCUGAAUAUGACACUGUUACAUAGAGCUGUUGAUGCAAACAAUUAUGAUAUAGUUAAACAUUUAAUUGAUAGAAAAGUAAAUGUUAAUGCUAUUGAUAAAUCUGUAACUUCACAGUACUACGGAUGCUCACCAUUAUACAUUGCUAUAAAAAAUCAUAAUAAAGAAAUCAUAACAUUGCUUCUCGAAUACGGGGCAAAAGUUGAUAAUGAUGAGUUUAUUAAAACUCCCCUUGGUAUCGCCUGCGAGUGCGGUAAUUUUGAAUUAGUCCAGACAUUUGUCAAGGCAGGCGCUGACAUUAAUAAAAUUUCUAACAAAGCGAUGCCACUUUACUGGGCCGUUAGUAAACAAAACUUCGAAAUUGCCGAAUAUUUGGUUAAAUUUAAAGCUAAUAUUAAUAUUAGUUAUAAAGGCACGACUUUACUUCAGAAGGCAGUAGAAAGUGGUAAUACAAAAUUAGUUAAGCUUUUGCUGAAAAAUGAUGUUGAACUAGAUGCAAUUAAUGAUUCAGGUGACACAGCUCUUAUCGUAGCUGUUGAAAUAGAUCAUUUGGAAAUGAUAGAAAUUCUAAUCGAUGCCGGAGCUACGGUGAAUUCAAGCAAUGAAACAAUUUAUUCACCAUUACACAGGGCCGUUCAGCGUAGCAACUAUAAUAUCACUCAAUAUUUAAUAAAAAAAAAAGCUGAAAUUAAUAGUAUUCGCUUUAGUAAAACGCCACUGAAUAUUGCUUGUUACAAUGGGAGAAAAGAUAUAGCUGAGCUUUUGAUUAAAAAUGGAGCUAUCGUUGAUGAUGAAAGAGUAUAUAUGACAGCUCUCGGCAUAGCUUGUGAGCAGGCUAAUUUCGAAUUAGUUGAGUUAUUAGUAAAAUCUGGAUCAAGUGUUGAUCUUCGUUCCGGUGGUGCGACUCCGUUAUAUUGGGCGGUUAAUUCGAAAAAUUUCAGAAUCGUUAAGUAUGUAAUUGAUCGGGGAGUUGGAGAUAUUGAUGCUGGUCGAUGGGGUACUAGUCCACUAUACUUAGCAAUUAAAAAUCAAGACCUAAACAUAGUUGAAUUCUUAAUUGAACACCGAGCUACAGUUAAUAAAGUGAUUGAAAAUGGUACAACAGCCCUUGGAUUGGCUAUUAAGACUCGUAAUUUUAAAUUAGUUGAAUUGAUAUUACAUGCUGAGGAUAUAGAUAUAAAUGCUCUGUGUUACGAUAAUCUAACGCCAUUAGAAGCUGGAAAACAGGCAAACCUGUUGAUAUUGAAUCUUUUAUUAGAUGCUGGAGUUGACAUUAAUCGUGUCAAUGAAACCAAUCAGAUAUCGAAUAUCUCCACAAAUUGUGAGAGAAAUAAAAAUAUCAUUAUAAAACAUAUGAUUAAAUUGAAGGCCGCUGGUUGUUAUUUAAAUAAUGAAAAUAAAAAGGCAAUCAGAUGCACAGAAGGAUCAGCCGAUUUUCAUUCUGAAUGUUUAAAGGAGCUCAAGAACAUGAAGAAGUCGAAAAUUGAUAAAACUAUCAUGAAUUAUUACCAUAUCAUGCGAAAGAACUUCUAUGAAAUCGCGUUAAAAUUAAAUAACUUUAACAAUGAAACUUUAAAUGAACGAGAGUUGCAGUUACAAUUCCCUUUGUAUGGUCGGAUACUUUACUAUCGUUUAGUUAAAAGCUUACAAAGAAAGAAAUUAUCAAACAUAAGCAAUAAUGUAUUUGGUACAUAA